AAGUAAUUAUUACGAGUAUUUAAACGCGGAUUACCCGGAAUAUCGGCAGACUUCGAGUAAUCCUCCAGCAGUAAUAGCAACGCGGUUUUUGAGUGCGACAUAAGCCAAGAUGACGGCGUACAAAUACAUAAUCGGCCUGACUGUUCUGCUCGCCGUUCUGUUAACCGUCAACUCUGUACCCGCUAAUGGAGCUCUCGACACCUAUGCUAAUAAGUCACACGAUUUCGUCGUUGGCUCCAGGAAAUUGGGUGAUAGGGUCGUCUUCAAAGAGAACAUCAUCAAGGAUUCUAGCUGGCAGAGGUUUGUGACUGUUGAGAAGACCUUCAAUGCCUUAUGGUACGACCGUAUCACUAUGAUUCAAGCAUUCGACCAGGAGACGGAUGGAAACGGCGCGUACGCUAGUAUUCUGAGUGGUGGACCUGGACACAGAAACGUCACCAUGAAGUUCCAGAGCCAGAGGAGUUACGGCAUUAACUUCAUCGUUCAGGUGUAUGCAUGCGUUGAUAUAUAA